UGGUUAAAAUACUCCAGAAACCUCGUUGAAGCGUCUGGAACUAAGACUUGUCUCAGACGAACUACAGUUUGGACACAACUUAAAUUCUGUGCUCGACUUACAUAUUUAAAGAAAUUAAGCAUCAAAUCUCAAAUGUCUUCUCUCUGAUUACCAAAGCGGAUAUUAAAACAAAUAAUAAAAAAUAAACACAGCCAUUCAAGAUGAAGUAUAAAAAUCUGAUGGCAAAAGCCUUGUACGACAAUGUACCAGAGUCUCCUGAGGAGCUGGCAUUCCGCAAAGGAGACAUCCUGACUGUGAUUGAGCAGAACACUGGAGGCCUCGAAGGAUGGUGGCUCUGCUCCCUGCAUGGCCGUCAAGGCAUCGCCCCGGGCAACCGCUUGAAGCUCCUUAUAGGGCCCAUGUUUGACAGCCAGUCCCCUAACCAGAUGACCACAACCCAGGCCUCCCAGCAGCAGGCUUACCCAGCACCCAUCACACAGAACUCCUCCUUCACAGACUCUGUUUACCAAGUGCCUCCAUCUCAUCAGAACCAGCAGAGCAUCUACCAGGUGCCCCCAAGCCACCGCCCAACUGACAAAGAUAUAUACCAAGUGCCGCCCUCUGUUCAGAGGAGCAUCUGGGGUACGGAUGGACCGUCCAGUAAGGUUGUCACCCCAGUCCGGGUUGGACAGGGCUAUGCCAAUGAGUCUAUCUCCCAAUAUCAGCAGGAUAUGUAUGACGUGCCGCCCGUUCGACCACAAGGGGUGUACGACAUCCCUCCAACAAUGCAAAAGGGCCACAUGUCGCCAGGCCAGACAGGAGAUCUUCAGGCUCAGGGAGUCUAUGAUGUCCCCCCUUCAACUCAAGGGGUGUAUUCUGCACCCCUUCAAAGAGAGGGUAACUACGAUUUUCCACCACCAAUGAGGAAUAAAGCUGAAGGAGUAUAUGAUGUUCCACCUCCCAGCAUUAAACCGCUGGGACAUUCCAACUAUGAUUUUCCACCAAGUUCUGACAUGGUGCCACGCAACAACAAAGGCAUCUACGACAUCCCGCCCACCCAUUUGCUUGGGCACCAACUUGGGGCCCAGAAAGAUGUGUACGAUAUUCCUCGAGGGAUGCAACUCCCUGGAAAUCAAAAGACUGCUGGGGAUAGGCUAGCCUCAGAAAAGGGAGAAGGUAUAUAUGAUGUACCCCCGCAGGUUUUGCAAGACUCUAGAGCUUUCCAUGAUGUGACCGAUGGGAUGAACAGGUUGUCUUACUCCAGCACAGGAAGCACAAGAAGCAACAUGUCAACUUCCUCCACCACUUCCAAAGAGUCAUCCGUCUCCACUACCCUUACACAGGAGAACAAACUCCUUUUAGACUUAGACACAGCCAUCCAAAGGGUUUCCUGGCUUCAGCAGAGUGCCGAGUCAUCUGUCUCAGGUCUCAUGGGUUACGUGGCCCCCAACUGGAGGUCCUAUGAAUAUAUGGAGAAGCACGCGAAUGAGAUUCAUGUAGCUGUAGAUAAAGUCAAGCAAAACUUGACAGAUUUUCUAAAUUUCAGCAAAGGGGCGACAGCCAAUGCAUCAGGCCUAUCAGACCUCCCCCUGUACACCAAACUUAAAAAACAGCUUCAGAGACUGGAGGAUUCUAACCAGAUCCUCACGCAAACCAGCCAUGCUCUGGAUGGCUGGAGCUGGUCCUUAAACGUCUUGGCUACCAAUAAGCCGCACAACAAAUGUGAUGACCUGGACCGGUUCAUCAUGGUGGCAAGGACAAUUCUGGAUGAUGUCAAGCAGUUGGCAUCCUCCGUCAGCACUAACGCCGAGCUCCUGUUUCAAAGGUCCCCAUGCGGCUUGGGUUCUAAUAGUGUCAGUGAUCUCAGAGCUGAAGAUAAAAACUCAAAAGACUACAUUUAUAACAGCCCACAGCCACACCUGGGAAAAGAGGACAAUGCAGUCAGCCAGUGCAAGGCUUUGUCUGGUCUGGCUGAUACUGACCAAAAGUCAAACAACAUCGCUGAGAAAUGUGUGAAGAGCUGGAUGGAAGAUUAUGACUACGUCCAUUUACAGGGAAAAGAGGAAUUUGAGAGGCAACAGAAAGAACUUUUAGAGAAAGAGAACAUCAUCAAACAGAACAAGAUACAGCUGGAAAAGGAACAGCUUAAUCAGUUCAAACAGCUAGAGAAAGAGGUUAUCAAGCCCGUAGAAAAUGACAUAUCUACGUGGAGCGCAUCCCAGAACAUUCCCCAGACGAACAGUGGCCAGUGUGCUAAGGACAAGCAGUUGCUUUUCUUCUAUUCUGAGCAGUGCGAGACCCACUUUGUUACACUUCUGAACGCCAUUGAUGCCUUCUUCAGCUGCAUUAGUGCAGGCCAGCCUCCCCGGAUCUUUGUUGCUCACAGCAAGUUUGUCAUUCUCAGUGCUCACAAACUAGUGUUUAUAGGGGAUACCUUGUCUAGACAGACCUCCACUUUGGAGAUCAGGAAUAAAGUUAUGAACUGCAGUAACAUCCUGUGCGAACAUCUAAAAUCAAUUGUGUCAUCUACCAAAAUGGCAGCCUUGCACUACCCCAGCACAGCAGCUGUACAGGACAUGGUGGACAGGGUAACAGAUCUUUCCCAUCAUGCACAGCAAUUUAAGGUGCAGCUGCUACAGAUGGCGUCUGUGUAAAAGAAAGAAGAAAAAAACAGACUUUUAAAACCUUUCUUCUGGAAGCACCAAUGCAUUUUAUGUUUUGUACAUAUUUAGUAUGUAUUUUUGUCUGGUGUUUUUCCUGCAGAAGGUAGCUUGACAGGACUAUUUUGAAGCUUUAAAAAAAUAAAUAAAUAAAUAAAUAAAAAUCUUUAUACAGUACGAUGACGUGUCCCAGCAUUCCACUCCAUGGAUAUUCAUAUUAAGCACCUUAUGAAGUAUUCGUCAGGUAUAUUCUAUCAGUAGAUCUAUCUUGGUUUAUUAAAUGCCAUAUUUUACUGGUAGUACACUCCUCUGUACAAAAUAUGUUUCAUAAAAACUUAUGUAAAGAAUCAAAAGCUUUUUGCCUUCUGUGCUUUUUAUUAUAAUGUUAUGAAUUAAAAAGAUGAAGGUGAUGUCACAGUGUGUUCUUGCCAUGUGUAAUGAUGAUCUUCAGUGAUGAAAUUGGGGUUCCAAAAUGUAGAACUAAACAAGUCGUUUGCUGUAUUUCCACUGCCUAAAAUCAGGUACUUGAGCUCAGAAGAGGCCUGUGUUUCCACCAGCAUAUUUAUGCGUAACUGAACAGACUAGAAGUGGCAUACAAAUGAUUGAGGUGAAUUCAAAGCUUCCUGUAAAUGGUUAGAAUUUGUUCACUCUCCAGUGCUUACUGUGUCAGUCUUUAUUUCAUCAGUUUGCCACGAAGCUGUUGUUUUAGAUAUUUUAUUAGAACUUAGUUUUUUGUACAUAUUGAUAUUAUAUAUUUUGUCUAGAAAGAUUUCUUGUAAAUGUUUUUUAUACUGUAUUUUGUAUUAUUUUGUAAUCUAACUGAACUUGGUGGGAAUGUGGCUUGUCUACUCUUAUAUGCAUAAAAAGGGGUCUGAUUGGAAAGUAAAAUGACGGUAAUACAUUUAGCAAUCAAUAUGUUUCAUUUAUUUGGAAGUUGAAAUCGAUUUGGAGCUGAUUGUGUUGGGUAAAUUAACUAGAAAGUUUAACAAAAGCAUUGUUGUGUUACAUUGUUAUGCUUCAAAGAGCUGUGUAAGAAUGCAUAAUGUAAGUUACUAGAACCAGUUGUUUGGUGUCUUUGUGCUUAAUUGGUUCAAAAACUUGAUAAAAAUGAAGGAUCAAAGGAUAAUACAUUUUCCAUUUUACUUUCUGUUGUUUUAAAAAUGUGAAUAGGUUUUUAAGAGAGAAUGAAUUGGGCAGCCUUGGGCCAUGUUGUCCAUGUCUGUUCUGCCCAUGUAUUUUAAUCAUUUAGUUGAACCAAUUAAACUCCAGACUAGCUCAUAAAGCACUUACCAUUUAAUUAGACCUAUUAUCUAAAACUUAGGCAUACUAUCAAAUACAGCUGCAUUUACAAGGAAAUUUUGGUAGCUCUUCGAGAUUUUGCAAAUAUUAAAACUGUUUUUUUUGUUUUUCCUGUGGUUUUGUUGUAUGUAAUCUCUCCUAGGCCAAUAAAUCAUUGGAUUUCAAUUA